AUGGGAUCAACAAAGCCCGACGUAAGGUUUGAUUAUCGUAGCAAGGAUGGUCUUUCAAUUGUGACCUAUCGAUGGAAUACAAAUCAACCACCACGUGCUGCAAUACAACUAACUCAUGGUAUGGGCGAACAUGCAUUACGUUAUGGUGAAUUUGCUCGAACCCUCAACGCUAAAGGAAUAGUUGUAUAUGCUCAAGAUCAACGCGGUCAUGGUGCUACAGCAACAUUGACGAAGACCAUAGGUAGUUUCGGACACGAUGGAUGGCAAAUGCUUAUCAAUGACAUACAUUUACUGGUUCAAUACGUCCGUUCAGAAAAUCCAAAUAUUCCUUUGAUUUUACUCGGACAUAGUAUGGGUUCUUUUGCUCUUCAGCAGUAUUUACUCGAUUAUAGUAAUGAGAUCGAUGCAGCUAUACUCACGGGAACAGUUGCGUUGGAUUUACUUGCAGCAGCAUUCGAUCCUGAUCAACCAUUCGAACUCAGUUCAUUGAACACACCGUUUCAACCAGCAAGAACUGACUUCGACUGGCUAAGCCGAGAUGUAUCGAUGGUCGAUGCUUACAUCAAUGACCCUCUGUGUGGUUUUGGAUUAGAUAAAGAAUCGAUCAAAGGUAUGUUCGCUGGCGGUCAACGUAUGGUCAAUACAGAAAUUGUAAAACAGAUUCGUAAAGAUUUACCUAUCUUUAUAUCAGUUGGCGAAUUAGAUCCAAUACAUCAACAAAUGGUUGGGGUGCAAGUGCUGGUCGAUCGUUUUCAAGCAGCAGGAUUAAAAGACGUUACGCUUAAAUCAUACCCGGAGGCACGUCAUGAAGUUUUAAAUGAAACAAAUCGUCAGGAUAUUGUCAAUGAUAUCUUAGAUUGGAUUGAAAAGAAACUGUCACCAUCAACGAAGCAUUAA